UGCCGCCUCCCUCACCCCCUCCGCGCAUGCUCCGUGUGGUCUCUGCGGGCCAGUGGGAGGGCGGCCGGGGCUGAGACUCCCAGAGGAAGCCGGAUCCAUCACAACAACAAGCGGCAGCAUCCAGAGGCCCAGCACCAUGGGGGCGGCCCGGGACCCCACACCGGACUGAGCGGCCCGAGCAGCAGUCUAUGCCGGAGAGUGAGCGGGCCCGGCCGCGGGCUCCCAUGAGGCCGGGAUCAUGCAGCCUUCCCCGCAGAACUACGACUUCUUCAGUGAGGAGAACGGCCUGAAGUGGCGGGGGCUCUUCGUACCGGCCCUAAAGAAGGUCCAACAGCAAGUGCACCCCACCCUCACCGCAAAAGAAGACUCUUUGUAUUACAUAGAGGAACUCAUCCUGCAGCUUCUCAGUAAAUUGUGCAUUGCUCAGCCCAGGACGGUCCAGGAUGUGGAGGAACGAGUGCAGAAAACUUUUCCUCAUCCAAUCGACAAGUGGGCCAUCGCCGAUGCUCAGUCCGCCAUUGAAAAGCGGAAGCGAAGGAAUCCCCUGCUGCUUCCUGUCGAUAAGAUACACCCCUCACUGAAGGAAGUGCUUGGCUACAAGGUGGAUUACCAUGUAUCUCUCUACAUUGUGGCGGUCCUGGAAUACAUCUCUGCUGACAUCUUAAAGCUUGCAGGAAACUAUGUCUUUAACAUUAGACACUAUGAGAUCUCUCAGCAAGACAUCAAAGUGUCGAUGUGCGCCGAUAAGGUUUUGAUGGACAUGUUCGAUCAGGAUGAUGACAUCGGGUUGGUGGCGCUCUGCGAUGAGGAACCUUCUUCCACGGGGGAGCUCAAUUAUUACGAACUGGUGAGGACGGAAAUUGCCGGAGAGAGACAAUAUCUGCGGGAGCUGAACCUGAUCAUCAAGGUGUUCCGGGCGGCCUUCCUGGCUAACAAAAAGCUAUGUACACCCAAUGACAUAGACAUCAUCUUCAGUAACAUCCUGGACAUUCAUGAGUUGACAGUGAAGCUUCUGGGCCUAAUUGAGGACACGGUGGAGAUGACGGAUGAAAGUAGCCCACAUCCACUGGUUGGAAGCUGCUUUGAAGAUUUGGCUGAGGAGCAGGCCUUCGACCCCUAUGAAACCUUAUCCCAGGACAUCCUUGCCACCCAAUUCCAAGAACACUUUAACAACCUCAUGGUUAAUCCGGCUGUUGCUCUUUAUUUCCAGACAAUUUCAGAAGGCUUUAAAGAAGCAGUGAGAUACGUUCUCCCUCGUCUAAUGCUGGUUCCCGUUUACCAUUGUUUGCACUAUUUUGAGGUAUUGGAGCUGUUACAAGAGCGGAGCGAAGACCAAGAGGACAGAGAGUGCCUAAAACAAGCCAUCACCGCUUUGCUGAACCUGCGAUGUAGCAUGGAACGUAUUUACAAUAAGCACUCACCACGCCGCCGCCCAGGGGAAACAGUUUGGCGUUUGUACAGUGGUCAAAUGCGCAGCAAACACUUGGCUAUUAAGAAAAUGAAUGAGAUCCAAAAGAACAUUGAUGGUUGGGAGGGCAAAGACAUCGGGCAAUGUUGCAAUGAGUUUAUUAUGGAAGGCUCCCUGACCAGGGUGGGCGCCAAACACGAACGACACAUCUUCCUUUUUGACGGUCUGAUGAUCAGUUGCAAAACGAAUCACGGGCAGUCUCGGAUUCCCGGAUACAAUACCGCUGAGUAUCGCCUGAAGGAGAAGUUCAUCAUGAGGAAGGUGCAGGUGGUGGAUCGGGAGGACACGUGUGACUGCAGGCAUGCUUUUGAGUUACUUUCCAAAGAUGAAAACAGUGUUGUCUUUGCUGCCAAGACGGCAGAGGAGAAAAACAACUGGAUGGCGGCGCUGAUUUCCUUGCAGUACCGCAGCACGCUGGACCGUAUGCUGGACACUGUACUUAUUCAAGAGGAGAACGAGCAGCCCCUGCGUCUGCCCAGUCCGGACGUUUAUCGCUUUGUAGAGGAGGAUUCAGAGGAGAACAUUGUUUUUGAAGACAAUGUGCAAAGUAGGGGAGGAAUUCCCAUUAUUAAGGGAGGGACGGUGGUGAAACUCAUUGAGAGGUUGACAUAUCACAUGUAUGCAGAUCCUAACUUUGUACGCACUUUUUUGACCACGUAUCGCUCAUUUUGUAAGCCACAGGAGUUGCUAAGUCUGCUCAUUGAAAGAUUCGAGAUACCAGAUCCAGAACCCACAGAAGCCGAUAGAAUCGCGAUAGAGAAAGGAGAGCAACCAAUCAGCGCCAACCUUAAGAGAUUUAGGAAAGAAUACGUUCAGCCAGUGCAACUCAGGGUAUUAAAUGUAUUUCGGCACUGGGUUGAACAUCACUACUAUGAUUUUGAAAGAGACUCAGAGCUUCUUGAGCGAUUAGAAACUUUUAUUUCCAGUGUUAAAGGAAAAUCCAUGAAGAAAUGGGUGGAGUCCAUCGCCAAAAUCAUCAGACGCAAGAAACAAGCCCAGGCGAAUGGCAUCAGCCACAAUAUUACGUUUGAGAGCCCUCCGCCCCCUAUCGAGUGGCACAUAAGUCGUUCCGGUCAGUGUGAGACCUUUGACCUGAUGACCCUGCAUCCUAUAGAGAUCGCUCGCCAGCUGACUCUUAUAGAGUCUGAUCUGUACAGGGCCGUGCAGCCGUCAGAACUCGUAGGAAGCGUCUGGACGAAGGAAGACAAAGAAAUUAAUUCUCCUAACCUGCUGAAGAUGAUUCGUCAUACCACAAACCUCACUCUUUGGUUUGAAAAGUGUCUUGUGGAGACUGAGAACUUUGAGGAGCGGGUGGCGGUAUUCAGUCGAAUCAUCGAAAUUCUUCAGGUCUUUCAAGAUUUGAACAAUUUUAAUGGUGUCUUGGAGAUCGUAAGCGCAGUGAACUCUGUCCCAGUGUAUCGGCUGGAUCACACCUUUGAGGCGUUACAGGAAAGGAAGAAGAAAAUACUCGAUGAAGCGGUGGAGCUUAGUCAAGAUCACUUCAAGAAGUAUUUGGCAAAACUCAAGUCCAUCAAUCCACCUUGUGUGCCUUUUUUUGGAAUUUAUCUAACAAAUAUUCUGAAAACCGAAGAAGGGAACCCAGACUUCCUGAAGAGACACGGCAAAGAACUCAUCAACUUUAGCAAGAGGCGAAAAGUGGCCGAAAUCACAGGGGAGAUCCAACAGUACCAAAACCAGCCUUAUUGUUUACGGGUUGAGGCGGACAUCCGGAGGUUCUUCGAGAAUCUUAACCCUAUGGGAAAUACCUUGGAGAAGGACUUCACAGACUAUUUAUUUAAUAAAUCUCUAGAGAUCGAGCCUCGAGGCUGCAAACAGCCCCCCAGAUUUGCACGAAAAACAACAUACCCGUUGAAGUCUCCUGGCAUAAGACCAAAUAGUGGCCGGCACCUGUCAUCUUCUGGCACCCUCCGAGGGCAUCCGACCCCCCUGGAAAGGGAACCGUAUAAGAUCAGCUUCAGCAGGAUCACCGAAUCGGAACACGAAUCUACGACCUCACCGCCCAUUUCACCCAACACUCCGUCUACACCUCCUGUCUCUGCCUCAUCGGAGCUCAGUGUCUUUUUAGAUGUUGAUCCGAACAAUUCUUACGGUAACAACAUCAUCUUUGCUCCUGUUUUUCUGCCAACCUCCAAGUCCUUUUUUAGCUCUUGUAAUAGUCUGCACAGGUUAAGUGAAGAACCUCUUCUUCCUCCUCCAUUGCCUCCACGGAAGAAAGUUGACCCAGAUGCCUGCAGCCUCUCGGGAUCUUCUAGAUCAGACGAGGACCCACCGGCUGUUCCACCCAGACUGCCUCCACCUCCAAAGAUCCAGCCUCGAGUCCCUGCGUACUCUGGAUCCUAUGACGGACCUCUGCACAGUCCUCCUCCUCCUCCCCCAAGAGAUCCUCUUCCCGACACUCCACCUCCUGUCCCACAGAGGCCUCCCGAACACUUUAUAAACUGCCCCCUGAAUCUUCAGCCUCCACCCCUGGGACGCCUCCACCGAGAGCAGGAUUGGUUCCGCGAAGCCAACACCGCCCCAAACUCUCCCAGCACUCCUCCGAGCACCCCGUCUCCCCGAGUUCUGCGCCGCUGCUGUGGGCUCAGCACCAGUCACAACAACCUAUCUCCGUUUGCAGCUCCGCCAGUCCCCCCCAGGCAGAAUUCCAGCCCUCAGCUACCAAAACUGCCACCAAAGACUUACAAAAGGGAAUUUUCCCAUCCACCUUUGCACAGACUAACCUUAUUGGAAAACGCAGAAACGCCACGAUGACUACAACCGCCAGAAGUCCUCGACACUGGAUAGGGAUCAGCGAUGUACUCUUACUACCUUUUCUUUAUUUUUAUUUUUUUUGUAAUUUAUUUUGAUAAGGCACUGUAUUUCCACUGUUAACCCCUUCUGUGCAAUGCAUAUGGCCACAAAGGGCUUAAUCCUAACGCGCUUACACUAAAGUGCUACUGAUCAAAAACAGCAAGUGCAGUAAUGAUCUCCCCCGAGAGGGACUGAUUCUCCACACUACGGCCUUCAGACACUACAACAGCGUGUUACUGCCUCAGGGGAAAGCGACGCCUCCUUGCCUUGUUUUGGGGACACAGUGCUGUCUGCUCAUUCCCCCCCCCCUUUACACUUUUUCUUGCACUGCACCCUCCAGGCGAACCGACCCGCUCACACUUUCUUUACAGUGAGCCAGAUAAUCCUCAUGGUGUAUUAUUUGGAGGGAUCCAAUGUCACCUCUAUCAGAAACACUAAGUGGCCUUUUUCUUUCUAAACGGGACAUAGUGUCAGUAAAUCCUCCAUAGGAUCUUCAUGGAAACAUCGUUCUCAUUGUCCCGUUUUGCUUUAUGGAGUCCUCUUGUAUGUGCAAACCAUUUGGGGCUUUUGCCUUUAUUUUUUAUUUUUUUUUGCCUUUUCUUUGUUGUUUUGUUGGGGAACCAUUUCUCUCAGUCAGCCAUAUAUAGAUGUAGCAGAGCUGAAUCUGUCAUUUAAAAAAACAAAAACGUAUUACUGUUGUGUAAUGAGUUGCCACUUUCUAAUAUACUUUGAGUCACCAUUUUUUAAAAGCUCUGUUUGUUGUCAGUGAAUGGGUAAACUCUUAUGCUAGGUUCAGACUACGGAAUCUCCGGGCAGACAAUUUCCGCGUGCGGCCAGCGCUGACUGAAUCAGUCUGCGCUAGGACCAUGCGCACACUGCAGUCUCCAAUAGACUGCAAUGUGUUCCAUUCUUCAGGCGGAAAUUUCCAAGCGGAUUUUUCGUUCAUAAAUUCCGCUUCACAAAUUCCAAAAUGUGAAUUAGUGUACGGAAACCCAUUCACUACACUAUACAAUUUAGCAAGCGGAAUUUCCGCCUGCAAUUUCAAAGCGGAAUUGCAGAUGGAAAUUCCGUAGUCUGAACCUAGCCUUAGGGUCUAUUCAUACGGCAUAAUUUCUGCUUGCGGAAUUCCGCCUCAUAUUA